AUGAUGGGUAGCGGAUCUAAGUCCUUCACCUCCAGAUCCAUCGACCCCGAGGUCAUCCCACACAACCCUAAGGAGGAGAUGGUCGUCCAGCUUGCGCUCCAUCGCUCCCUGGAGGAGGCCCGUGCAAUAAUCAAAUAUUUAAGACAUGGUCAGUCAUUAUCUGCUGACGCGUAUAAGCGCGUUCACGAGCGUUUAAGAGGUCGAAUUUGCAAGUCCAGGUGUAGACGCUCUAACCCGCACCCGAACACAGCGGGUGGCACGCUCCUCGCGCUUUCCUCCUCCUUCCGCCGCCUCUCCUUAUCCACCUCCCAUCGCCGGAACACCCAUUUAGUCGCCCAUGCAGACGCCGGUGCCGCAGAGCCGGAGCCCGCGACGGAGCCUGCUCCUGAGGGCGAGCCUGUCGCUGCCUCUGCUGACUCCGAGGAGGGGGAGGCGGAGGGGGCUGUCGCAUUGGCGGAGGAAGAGGAGGAGCUGGCGCCGAGGCCCAAGCCGAUUAAGUUCGGCGAGAUCAUCGGGAUUCUGAACAAGCAGUUCAUCGAGGAGGCUGAGAAGGUGAAAGUGCUUCCGGAUUUGAAGCCCGGUGACAUCAUCGAGCUUAGAAUGCAACGUCCCAACAAGAGGAGAUUGUCUCUCUUUAAGGGUAUAAUCAUUGCAAAGCACAAAUCUGGUGUUCACACCACGAUCCGCGUCAGGAGGAUUAUUGCCGGUGUUGGAGUUGAAAUUACAUUCCCCAUAUACUCACCAAGGAUCAAGGAGAUCAAAGUAAUCAGACACAAGAAGGUGAGGAGGGCAAAGUUGUACUACCUGAAGUACAAGCUUCCCCGUUUCUCAACCUUCAAGUGA